AAAGAAGGAGCGGGGCGCAGGAGAGGCCAGAAGAGGCUGCUGUUCUUCGCAGAUGGAGCCAGGGGAGUUGGGAGCUAAGCCGUGAUUGCUGGGUCCGGAGAGGAGAGCACGGUCAGCAUGGAAUGUGCCUACUGCUUCCUGGGCUGUCUGCUUCUGGCUGCAGCAGUGCCCCUGGACGCCGCCAAACGAUUUCAUGAUGUGCUGAGCAAUGGAAGAACUUCUGGUCAUAUGAGGGAGCACAACCAAUUAAAUGGUUGGUCUUCAGAUGAAAAUGAUUGGAACGAAAAACUCUAUCCAGUGUGGAAAAGAGGAGACCCGAGGUGGAAAAACUCCUGGAAAGGAGGCCAGGUGCAGGCGGUUCUGACCAGUGAUUCCCCAGCCCUGGUGGGCUCAAAUAUAACAUUUGUGGUGAGCCUGGUGUUCCCCAGAUGCCAAAAGGAAGAUGCCAGUGGCAACAUAGUCUAUGAGAAGAACUGCAGAGAUGGAACAGGCCCCUCUGCUGACCCGUAUGUUUACAACUGGACAGCGUGGGCCGAGGACGCUGACUGGGGAAAUGACACCAACCAAAGCUACCGCGUGUUCCCCGACGGCCGGCCUUUCCCGCACCACCACCGGGGGAGGAAGUGGGGCUUCGUCUACGUGUUUCACACGCUUGGUCAGUAUUACCAGAAAUUGGGACGGUGUUCAGCAAGCAUUUCUAUCAACACAACCAACGUGACGCUUGGCCCUCAAGUCAUGGAAGUAACUGUCUAUAGAAGAGACCGCAGGGCGUACGCUCCCGUCGCAAAAGUGAAAGAUGUGUACCUGGUAACAGAUCAGAUUCUUGUGUUUGUGAAUAUGUCCCAGAAGAAUGAUCGAAAUUCCUCGGAUGAAACCUUCCUUAGGGACAUUCCCAUUCUGUUCAAUGUCCUGAUUCAUGAUCCCAGCCACUUCCUGCGCGAGUCUGCCAUUAACUACAAGUGGAACUUCGGGGACAAUACUGGCCUGUUUGUUUCCAACAAUCGCACUUUGAAUCACACGUAUGUGCUCAACGGGACUUUCAGCCUUAACCUCACUGUGCAAGCGGCAGUGCCUGGACCUUGCCCUUCACCGACACCCAGACCUCCAAAGCCCACUCCUUCUCUCCCACCCGCGGGGGACAGCCUGCUGGAGCUGAGGGAGGCUCCCGACGAAGACUGCCGGAUUAACAGAUACGGCCACUUCAGAGCCAUCAUCACAAUUGUAGAGGGAAUCCUAGAGGUGAACAUCGUGGACAUGACAGAAGUCCUGACGCCCCUGCCACAGCCCGAGGACCCCUCGAUGGAUUUCCUCGUGACCUGCGAAGGGACCAUUCCCACCGAGGUCUGUACCGUCGUGUCUGACCCCUCCUGCCAGCUCGCCCAGAACACGGUCUGCAGCCCCGUGGAGGUGGCCAUGGGCGACGCGUGCUUGCUGACCGUGAGGCGGGCCUUCAACGGCUCCGGGACCUACUGCGUGAACCUCACUCUGGGUGACGACGCGAGCCUGGCCCUCACGAGCACCCUCGUCUCUGUCCCGGGCAGACGCGCAGGCUCCCCGGUGAGAAUGGCAAGCGGUGCCCUGGCCUCCGUGGGCUGCUUGGCCGUAUUUGUCACUGUCAUCGCCCUCGUGGUGUACAAAAAACGCAAGGAAUACAAACCGAUAGAAAACAGUGCUGGGAUCAAAGGCAAAGGCCUGGAUGUUUUCCUGGAGCGCGCCAAGGUCAAGUUCUUCCCCGGCAGCCAGGAGAAGGACCCGCUGCUCAAGAACCCACCGGGAAUCCUUUAACUCUCCAGCCUGGUUUCUGACCAACAGCUUGCUCUUCAGUGCCGUAUGUGUGAGCUGUGCUAGCGUAGGGGACUGUCAACUUUUUUUCCUAAACGUUGCUGUAAAAUAUAUGUACUGUGGUUUAGGGAGGUGCAAUUUUUUUUAUAUAGGUUAAAUGACAUUUUAGAGAAGCGGAGAGGAAUCAUAUGGCACGCAGCCUCGGCCAUGUUAUACAACUGAUGGAGUCGGUCAGCCGUGCUUUCUUUCAUUAUGAUUUAUGUUUCGCUUAUAAUGCCUUCACAGGAUUAGUAGGAUAGACAUACCGUAUCUAAAGAGUAGGGGGAGAAGGUACUAUUCAUCAGAGUGACCAGGUUGCUUGGAAGGCGAGGAUGGACUCUUUCCAGCUUCCCAUACACACACAUGCGUACAAGCAACGCACUGUACUCCUGUCCCUAAGACCAUGCUCCCAGGAAACUGAAGCCUAUUGCGAGGAGCAUGCAUGAGCUCCCAACAGGUCAACAGGCCAAGCCUCUGCUCUGAUGCAGAUGCUUGUUAUACUAAAACAGCAAUAAAUCUAAUCGGUGGGUGUGACUAUUUUUGUGACAACCUGCCCCGCCCAGCUGUGUAAAGAAAUGGUAUCCGUUCGCUUAUCGCACGGACAUUUAGCGCUUUCUGUGUGUCAGGCAUGUUGCUGCACAGAUGGGCCGGCACUCGGUCUUGUGUGUGUGUGUGUCUGAGUUUCUAUGCACUCCAGCGCAUUUAUUUGAAAUUACAGAUUGUGAUUUUCCAAAGGAGACCCCUGGUUGUCCUACUACUUUCUCUAUUUAAAUGGUAUAGAGACUUACCCUUGCCAGGUGGCUCAGUAGGUGGGAGUAUCGUUCCAUAUACCAAAAGGUGACAGGUAUGAUUCCCGGUCAGAGCAUAUACCCAGAUUUCGGGUUCGAUACCCAGAUUUCGGGUUCGAUCCCCAGUCGGGGCAAGUACAGGAGGAAACCGAUCAAUGUUUCUCUCUCAUAUCAAUGUUUUUCUCUCUCUACCUUCCUCUCUCUCUAAAAAUCAAUGGAAACAUAUCCUCGGGUGAGGGUUAAAAAAAAAAAGUUACAGAAAUUUGAUCAGUAAGGGUUUAACUUCCAUUUGUAACUAAAACUAUUUACCAUAUGUCAGACAUGACAUUUUUUUCCUCUCUUCCCUGCAAAAUAAAGUAUGAAAAGAGACAAGA